AGGCGCGGAAGAGACGCGAUCCUCACGGCCGCCUGCGCGACGCCCACGUGGAGCCCUUUAGGCCCUUGAGGAUACCCUUUCGCUUCAGACGCGAUUCUUUAUUGUCAAUCGCUGGUCGCGAUGGGAUUUGUAUGGCCGCCUUCCUGGCGGAACCAAAUCGGCACGACAACGGGAGGGCGAGACUUGGGUGGCCAGCAAAGCGCGGGGUCUGCUCGUUUUUAAUAAAGGGUAGAUGGCAGAGAUCAUAAGGGGUUCGGGAAUAUGAACCGCCAGGCCAAUUUAAAAACCAGCAGCAUUGCACGAAGUCCCAAUGGCCGAGUCGAGGCUGCCUCCGACUCGAGGGCGCCUUUCCUCCACCAAGGCGCCCCAGGCGGCUGACAAAGGCGGGCUCCCUGCCCCGCCCCCCGCGGCCAUUUUGAUUCCUCUCGCGGCAGGUUUGAGCGCGGGUGGGCGAAGUGCCUGAUGGGAGCCGUGACAUUCCCUCCCUGGAGGUCGGAGGCGAGGGAGGAAAGGGAAGCUGAGCAGACGCCAACCAGGACUCUCCUUCCCGGCAGCCACCGCGCACCACCAUGCCGGUGGCCCAGCGGCUACUUCCGGCGCGACUGCUCCUGGGAGUCGUAGUUUCUCCCUCCCUGCUCCCGUGCUGAAGGAGGAAGAAGCGAGAGCCCCCGCACUGCCUCCUCCUUCCACGGCGGCCGCCAUUGCCCGGAGCCGAGUCGGAGGUUGGAGCGAGUCGCCUCUGUAGAAGGAAGGAAGAAGGGAAAGAGGGGGCGGGGGGAGCCCAGAGCCCGCCUCCUCACCCGGCCUUCCUUCCGGCAGCGGGGGCGUUGCCAUGGCGACCGCUGCGGCCUAGCGGGCUUCACGCUCAAGCGAGCGCGGCCUAGUGCGGCGGGCGCAGCCUCGGCCUCGCGUAGCAGGAGCAGCCGGUGGUAAGGAGGGGGAGGCCAUGUCCUUAGUGGCCUACGCCAGCAGCGAGGAGGAGGAGCAGGAGGAGAGCGACGCGGCCGAGGAGGGAGGAGGAACAGACGGCGGCGACGACGAAGAAGCAACAGAGGAGCAGGAGAGGAGCCGGGAGCUUGGCCGGCGAGGCGGAGGCGACCGCGGACUCUUCUCCGCCCUCCCGCCGCCCAAGGCCGGCGCGGGCUUCGCUUCGCAGCAGCAGCAGCACAGGCCACUCACAGCCGGCCUUCCACUUCCCUUCGCUCCGCGGCCUAUCUCGGCCUCGUCCCCGCCGCCGCUUCUGGCCCCCGCCGCCUCCGAGCGGGCCCCGGGCAAGAAGAGGAAGCAGCCCGUGCGGAUCGCGGCGCCUCAUCUGGGGGACUCGGAUUCCGAGGAAGAUGAACCAGCAAAGAAGCAUCCCUCUUUCCAGGCCCAGAGCGAGGGCUCCGGCUUGUCUGCUCUACUUCCUCAGCCCAAGAACCUGACGGUGAAAGAGACGAACCGGCUGCUGCUCCCUUAUGCUUUCUCUAGGAAAGCCGCGGCUGCUGCCGAGAGCCCCCCGGAAGCCAAGCCUGCCAAAGGUCCACCCUCCUCCUCCAAGCCAAAGCCUCUCCUCAAGGCACCCUCGGCCGUGACAACAACCACAACUCCCUCCCCAUCAGCCAUCAAGGCGGCCGCCAAGAGCGCCGCCCUCCAGGUGACCAAGCAGAUCACGCAGGAGGAGAACGACAGCGACGAGGAGGUGGCCCCUGAGAACUACUUCUCCCUGUCCGACUGGAGUGAUGCGCCAGCCCUCAGUCCAGAGGCCUACACCUACCCUGGUCCCUUGGUACCGGACGAUCUGCCCCCUGGGACAGAGCCGGACCCUGAGCCUGAGAGCCAGGACGCAGCUGCCAACGCCCCGCUGGAGUUCAAGACAGGGCCGGGGGCCGGCUCGGCUACCCACGGAUGGGCUCCAAAGCCUGGUGAAGACUAUGCGCUCUACCCUGGCUGCAACGAUGCAGGCGGCCCCAGCCCCUACUACCAGGAUUACUACAGCAGCAACUACUACUCGGACACAGACCCGGAGCUGGGCCCGCCCCAAGAGAUGAGCAGCGAAGGCGAUUCUUCUUCCUUCGUGGACGAUGAAGCGUUCAAGCGUCUGCAAGGCAAGAGGAACCGCGGGCGAGAAGAGAUCAACUUUGUGGAGAUCAAGGGGGAUGACCAGCUGAGCGGCGCCCAGCAGUGGCUGACCAAGUCCUUGACAGAGGAGCAGAACAUGAAGUCCUUCAGCAAGAAAAAGGGGGAGCAGCCCACGGGGCAACAGCGGAGGAAGCACCAGAUCACGUAUCUGAUUCACCAGGCAAAAGAGCGCGAGCUGGAGCUGAAGAACACGUGGGCCGAGAACAAGCUCAGUCGGCGUCAGACGCAGGCCAAGUAUGGAUUCUAGGGCCUGCCUGCCUCCUCUGAGCCCCUCUAGGCAAAAGCUGCCAGCCCCAGACCACGUUGCGUGAAAGGAAGAGAGGGGCCUGCGGAGGGAAGAAGGGCGUGAGGCUGUGCACCUUUGUGGCCACCGCUGCCUUUCCAGGCAGGGAUCUUCAGCAGAGGGAUGCAGAGGAGUGCUCUGGCCCCCCGAGAAGGCCCACUAGGCUGCCUGGCACCCCCAAGCCCCUUUUCUUUCCAGUAGCCAACGUGACACGGACGAGGCCCACGUCAGCUAGGGGGAGACCAGCGUUGCUCACUCCCUUGGAACUGCCCACCUUGCAGGGGGGGGGGCAGCCCAGGUAGUCCACCCAACCACGGGUGCAGGACUGUCCCGGAGUGCUCUUCUGUAGCUGCCCCCCACCCGGUUCUUCUGGUGUCUCUGUGUUUGUGCUCCAGACCAUUUGCCUUCCCAUUCCAGGCUGAGGAGAAUUCUCAUCUUCUGUGGGUUUGGGGCAGCCCCCUCCUUGUUUCUUGUUGGAAGCUUUCCUGGCGGCCUCCUUGAUGACAAUGUUUGGGUUUCAGCACAAGACAGGGCUGGAAGGUGCGUGGCCUGUGAUCUCUCCCCCAAAGCCAUAAGGACACAUCACUGUUAACAGCACGUGGGCUAAGUGCUAGCAGGAUCCAUGCACUUCCAGGAGGCUGGCUGCUUUGCAGGGUCCCCCAGCCCAGGGUGAGGGCGGCAAGCGGAGCCUGCCCCAAGGCCUGCGGCAUCACCCACCCUCUGGGCUUCCACCCCUCAAUGAACCUGGGCUUCCCACUCUCUUGGCUUCUGGGGCCUCUGCCCAGACCCCAUUGUGACUGUGGGGUGGGACCCCUCUUGCCACCCCUCCCCUCCCUAGAUUCCAGGUGGGAGGAGCCAGGCGGGGAAUUCUGCUGGGGCACACACACUUGCUCUCUUUCCUUGCCGCUCCAUCUCAGAUUCUUCUGCUGCUGGGCCUCAUCAAGCAGCCCUCAAAAUCCCCGGCCUUCUGGUCUCACAUCCUCCAUCGUGGGAUUGUUGUGUUCUCUUCCUUGUUGUUGUUGUCUUUCAAAUUGGAGCCCGUUUUCCAUUUUGGGAGGGUGUGUCCCCUUCACUGUGGCAGAAUUUCUGGGUGAAUGAUGAUGUCUCUGUAUUUAGGGUAUUUUUUUUUCUAAACAGAAACAAAAAAAAAGCAAUUUCUAGUUUAUUUCCCUUAACAUUUUAGUACUUAGAAAAGCCUCUCUUUUUUCAGUAUUCCAAAAUAAAGCUCUCAUUCAGUAAUUUA